ACUUUCUCCAUUUUGGCCCUCGGUGAGGUCGCGGCUUUCCUCCGCUCUCCUGCCAGACGGGCACCCCCUUGCAGCCGGACCCCAGCUGCCAACGAGAGGGGGUCGGGCGCCUCCCGGCUGGAGGUGCCUCCUCCUGGACGGCGGCCGCGGCGGCGCGGGGACCCGGCGGGCGGCAGAGCGAUGGGACCCCUGCGGGAGACCAAGAAGGAGCAGAGAGUGCAGCAUCAUGAGAAGGAGAUUUCCCGAAGCCGAAUUCCCCGUUUGAUUCUUCGGCCCCAUCUGCCCCAGCAACAGCACAAAGUGUCCCCAGCCUCUGAGUCUCCCUUCUCUGAGGAAGAGAGCAGAGAGUUCAACGCCAGCAGCUCUGGGCGCUCAGCGAGGACCAUUAGCAGCAAUAGCUUCUGCUCAGAUGACACAGGCUGUCCCAGUAGCCAGUCAGUGUCUCCAGUGAAGACACCCUCAGAUACUGGAAACAGCCCUGUUGGCUUUUGCCCUGGAAGUGAUGAAGACUUUUCCAGGAAGAAAUGCACAAUUGGAAUGGUUGGUGAAGGAAGCAUCCAGUCAUCUCGAUAUAAGAAGGAACCAAAGUCAGGCCUUGUAAAGCCAGGUAGUGAAGCCGAUUUUAGCUCCUCGAGCAGCACGGGCAGCAUUUCGGCUCCUGAGGUCCACAUGUCUGCGGCGGGAAGCAAGCGGUCCUCCUUCUCACGCAACCGAGGUCCCCACGGGCGGAGUAAUGGAGCCUCGUCCUACAAGGCCGCCAGCAGCCCGCCCUCCCCGCGGGAGAAGGACUUCCUGUCCAUGCUGUGCAGGAGUCAGCUGAGCCCCGUGAACAUCCAUCCCGGCUACGCGCCGUCUUCCCCAAGUAGCAGCAACUCGGGCUCCUACAAGGGGAGUGACGGCAGCCCGGUCCUGAGGCGGUCUGGAAGGUACAUGUCCUGUGGUGAAAAUCAUGGUGUCAAGCCCCCAAAUCCAGAGCAAUAUUUGACUCCUCUGCAGCAGAAAGAGGUCACAGUGAGGCACCUCAAGACCAAGCUGAAGGAAUCUGAGCGCCGCCUUCAGGAAAGGGAAAGCGAGAUCGCUGAGCUCAAGUCCCAGCUGGCCCGCAUGAGGGAGGACUGGAUCGAGGAAGAGUGCCACCGCGUGGAGGCCCAGCUGGCCCUGAAGGAAGCCAGGAAAGAAAUCAAACAGCUCAGACAGGUCAUCGAAACCAUGCGGAGCAGCUUGGCCGAUAAAGACAAAGGCAUUCAGAAGUAUUUCGUGGACAUAAACAUCCAAAACAAGAAGUUGGAGUCUCUACUGCAGAGCAUGGAGAUGGCGCACAGCGGCUCUCUGAGGGACGAGCUGUGUCUGGAUUUCCCCUGCGACUCUCCAGAGAAGAGCCUCCGCCCCAGCACCCCGUUGGGCCAGAUGGCGGAGGCGCUGGCCCUGGAAGAGCAGGGCCCGGAGGCGGGGGCCGACGGCGAGCUGCUGCUGGGCGAGGCGAUGGCCCGGGGCACCGAUCUGUUCGAUGGGGUGGCCGCCGCCGCCCCCCGGGCCGACGACUUGGAGCUGCUUCGCUCGGCCCCCGGGGCCGGGGCCGAGGUCCUGGCGAUGGUGCCCAGGGCAGGGCCGCAGGAGGAGGGCAGCGCGGUGGCCGAGCAGGCCGUGCAGACCGACGUGGUGCCCUACGGCCCUGCGGUGUCCGAGCUCAUCCAGCAGGUGCUGCGGCUGCAGGACCCCUGGCCCUCGAGCCCCGAGUCUCCGGACGAGUCGGGGGCGGACUCGCCCGCAAGCUUCCCCGAGUCCAUCUCCGCGUUCAUGGUGGACCUGACGCCGAGAAAUCCCAACUCGGCCAUCCUUUUGUCUCCCGUGGAGACCCCGUACGACGACGACGAGGAGGCCACGGUGGGUCUGGAAGCGCCUGCGCACCGCCUCAUGAGGGAGCUGGACUUCGCGGGCCCGGCCGCGGCGGAGGCGGAGGCGGCGGCGGCGGAGGCGGAGGCGGCGGCGGGGUGGGACGGCGGCGGCGCGCUCCCGCUGGCUGCGCGCGGGCCCGCGGGGGGGCAGUACUGGAGCCGCAGUUUCCUGGUGGAUCUCCUGGCCGUGGCUGCCCCCGUGGUCCCCACCGUUCUGUGGGCUUUCAGUACUCAGAGGGGGGGCACGGAUCCCGUCUACAACAUCGGGGCCCUGCUCCGGGGCUGCUGCGUGGUCGCCCUGCGCUCGCUCCGCCGCACCGCCCUCCACAUCAAGACCUGAGGAGGAGGAGGGGGUCGGCUCCGGGCGCCGCGCCGACCUGUCCCCGGGCGGAGGAUCAGCAGGGGGACCUGGGGCGGGCUCUGGUCUGUCGUCUGGCUCGCCGUAUUUGAUUUGCACUAUAUUUAGUCGAAGCCUGCUCACUGUUUAAAACCGGAGGUAUCUUCCAAGGCAUGGAGACGUGGUUCGAGUUCAGUGUCCCACCAGUGGUAGAGAAAGCAUGCUCCCGACCCUGCCGUGUCGUGCGAGGUCCCCGUUCUUCUCCUAGUGGUUCAGGAAGAGAAAAUGCAGAGUUUGCACUUUCAAGACAGCUUCUGUAAGGCUGGCAUGUCAUCUCCUUGCUUUGCUUUGUGCCGUUUUAAAAUGUGUAAUUGUGACAGCAUUCCAAUGGUCUUGUGCACAGCAGGGGACUGUAACCAAAAAAUAAAACCGUAUUUGUGUCAUUGAUUUGAAGAAGUCUUGGAUAGCUCCUUAGUGUCUUACUUGGGGUUGAUAAGGUUUGAGUGUUUGCAGUUUUUUUACUAAAUGUAGCUCCAAAGUUGUAAGAUGGCUUGUUUGUUCCUAAACCUGUUAAUCAAUGAAGCUGUAUGUAAGUUUACGACGUAUUAACUUAUUUUUUGCUUAUUAUAUAGUGUUUUAUUGGAAAUUGUUUGUACCUACACACUUCAGCAUGAUGAAAAUAAAGAUUAGUGUUUCCAUUUAAAUAAAUGUUUUAUCCUCCUAUGAAAUAAUUACCUGCUUAGUUUUACUUCUGUAUAUAGUAAGAAAGACUAAAUGGAUAGAUCCUUUCUUCUUUACGAAUAGGGGCCUAUAAAAAUGGAAUAAGAAAUGAGAAAAAGGGAAAAUUAAUAAAGAAAGGUAAGGAUUUCCUGCUGUCUUUAAAAAAGCAUUGUUUCUGAAUAAAAGUAGCUUUGAUUGUUUGCUGUGAAAU